AUGACGCCGCGCAAGGACCUGCUGGACGACGUACGCGCUGCACCAAUUAACGAGGUGUGCUCCGCCUCUGGACACGCGCUGAAGGUGGCUGGUGCAGGACGAGCUGCGCCGAAGGGAGCGGAUGGCAAGCCGGUGGUGCUGCACGACGUUCUCCUCCACCCUGACCUCAAGGCCAACCUCAUCUCCCUCCGUAAGCUUGCCAAGGCUGGGGGGGAGUGCAACGCCGUUGGAGGGGUUGGCAUAAAAGUGUCGGCCAGAUCUGGAGAGACGGAGUGGGCAACGGCACACCGAUGCUUGGGGCAUGUGGCAAUGCCUUUGCUGAAGCAGCUGGAGAAAGAUGGAGCCGUUAAGGGCUUGAAGCUGAACGGACAGCCACCCGAUGAGAACUGUGAAAUUUGCCUGCUUUCAAAGUUCACCCGUUUCCCUUUCCAUAGUGUGGCUGGCAGGAGCAAGAAGCCAUUGGAGCUGGUCCACAUGGACUUGGUGGGGCUGCUGCCGGUGCAAGGGCAAAAGGAGAAGCGGUAUUUCCUUACAAUUGUGGAUGACUGGAGCAGGCUGAUGUGGGCGUAUCCGCUGAAGCAGAAGGACCACGCCGCCUCCACGAUACGGGACAAUUGGCUGCCAUUCGUGGAGAAGCAGGCAGAGUGUGUAGUGAAGCGGAUUAGGACAGACCAGGGUGGUGAGUUCCUUGGAGCUGAAAUGACGGCCUGGCUCAAGAAGCAGGGCAUCCAAAGGGAGCUGACUACGGCUUACACCCCACAGUCCAACAGUCACGCUGCCGUCGCUAGGAACAAGGUGCUCACCAAGGUUGGGGAUGACUCGUGGGUGCCGUUAGAGAGGUGGCUUGGGAGGAAGCCGUCGGUGGACAUGCUGAGGGUGUUCGGUUGCAUGGCAGUCGCCCACGUCCCCAAGACCUACCGCAGUAAGUUGGGGGCAAGUGCAAUCUGGUGUGUGCAUUUGGGGCUGGCUGCUGAGAGCAAGGGAUGGCUGCUGUGGGAACCAUCCAAGGGUGUGUUGUUUGACAGCAGGGAUGUGAAAUUCAUUGAGGGCAUGAUGUAUGGGAGCUGGGAGAAACAGCCGGAGGCCCGGGUGUCCCAGCAGAUGGAGCAGAUCACCAUGCAGCUGGACCUGACUCCUAGUGUGUGGGAGGAGGGAGAGGAGGCAGCUGCGACGAAUGGUGAUGGAGAGAAGGUACAGGAGGCAUCUGCUGGUGGAGAAAAUGGUGUGGAAACUGGCGGCAGCACUAGUGGAGCUGCUGGAUCCGAGGGAGGAGAGCAACAGCAGGGGAAAACUAAGAAGCCGAAGGGUGUCGUUAUGAGGGGAUGGGAGACACCCGUCUCCAGGCCAGGACGUACCCGUAUGGCUACUAAGAAGCUGACUGCAGGAUCAGGUGUAGUGGAGCAGCAGCUUGGGACCGAGGAGGCAAUGCUGAUUCUACCUCAUGGCUAUGACCCGGAUGAGGAGGACGAGCCUGCAUAUUAUUUUCUUGCCCCUGCACCAGAGGAACCAGCUAGCAUGGAGGAGGCACUAGCUGGACCAGAUAGGGACAAGUGGUUGGCUUCUAGGGAUGCUGAGUACCAGAGCCUGCUAGAGAAUGGGACAUGGGAUCUGGUGGUGCUGCCCGAGGGGAAGAAAGCGAAGGAGAAGCAGGACUUCAACGAGAUCUUUGCUCCCACUGCCAAACCCCCUACCCUCCGUGUCUUGUUGGCAGAUGUAGUCGUUAGUGGGAAAUUCAUCAUUCAGAUGGAUAUAUCAACGGCAUUCCUCAACGGGAUUUUAGAGGAGGAGGUGUUCAUGACGCAGCCGCCUGGGUAUGAGGAUGGUACGGGCAGGGUGUGCAAGCUGAAAAAGUCCAUCUACGGCUUGAAGCAGGGGGAGAAGCUGGUGCUGUUUCUGGUCUAUGUGGACGACAUUCUUCUCUUCAGCAGCAGCAUGAAGGAGAUCCAGAAAGUGCAGCAGCAGCUGAUGGAAAACUUCAAGUGCAAGAACCUUGGGGAGGUAAAGUACUACCUCGGGAUGCACGUGGAGAGGGAUCCUGAUCACAGGUGGUUGAAGCUGCACCAGGAGAAGUUCAUCAAGGAGCUGGGGGAGAAGUAUGGGAUUGAGAAUGAGCGCAAGGUUGCAACUCCCCUGCCAGCAGAAUUCAAGCUUGUGAAGGCUGCAGAGGAUGAAGGGGUUGAAGCUGAGGAGCAGCAGCAAUUUCAGUCCUUGGUGGGCAGCCUCUUGUAUGCAGCGGUUCACACGAGGCCCGACAUCUCUUUCUCGGUUGGGCAGCUGGCUAGGGUGGUGCAGAAUCCAUCAGAGGAGCAGGUGGAUACAGCUGAGCGUGUGGUGAAGUAUCUGAACUCUCACCCAACCAUUGGAGUUCAAUACUCCGCAUCUGCACAGGUGAAGCAGAAAGGGAUGGAGGUGCUGAAAGAGAAGGGGGAGAGGCUUGGAGAAGGCAAGCUCUUUCUAACUUGCUUUACCGAUGCUACUUGGGCUUCUGAGAAGGAGGAUUCCUCAUCUGUAGGAGGAUACAUCUGCGUAGUUGGAGGUCUAAGAAGCAGACGGAGACGGCACUCUCUUCCGUAG